AUGCCAUCCAAUGAAGCCUCUACACCGGCCAAUAGGCCUGCUCAAAGAUCUUCAUCCCGGGCAAGUCCAUCAUCCGGAACGGGUCGCAGGAGUCCUGCUCUCGACGGUGACACCAAAUCUCAAAACCAACCUCCACGCCUGACCGGACCAGCGAUAUCCCUGGUACCGCGAUUACCGACCCCAAGAAGUCUAUCUGCGUCGGCGUCGGGAAACAACUCGACCAAUUCGUCCCGCGAAACCUCUCCUGUCCGCCUCACUUCUCGCGUAGUCAGCAACAACCAUCAACCCGCCCCAAAUCGAUCAGUCUCGCGAACCAAGAACAGUAACAGCCCCAGCCCCAGUCGCGGCGCCAGUGGCACAGGACCUGCUUCUACCCCUACAACGACGGUCUCCUCUACGCUGUCUCCUGCCGCUGUGCAAAAGGCAUUCGCUCAACUCGGUAAACCCGAAUUACAACACCCUGCUCCCGCUGACAAGAACCUCGAUGUUUCCGACCCUGACCGUUCGAGUAUGCCACCGCCGCGCACAUCCAGACGGCGAAGUUCCAUCACAAAUGGUUCGCGGAGUCCUUCGCUGAAUAGUACCACUCCCAAACACUCGGAGACGACGACAGAGUCUCUCGCAAACAUAUCAACAAAACGGUCUUCAGUAAGCCCGGAAGAAGGUCGGGUGUCGCCAGUGAAAGCUGUCUAUGAUGAUUCUGAGAUCAGCGCCCGUCGUCCCUCUGGAAGGGGAACCGGUCAGCCCGGAACUGUCCUAGAGACAGUACAAGAGUCCAGUGUUCCGUCCACGCCCGUUUCGAUGCCAGCGAACUCCAUCACCGAGGAUGUACCCUUUAAAACCACCGAUGCUAUCCAACAAGCAGUGGAAAGUGGUAGUGAAAGCGGCGGAAAUAAAAGUUCUGGAUCGAAGGAAGAAAAACGCCGGUCUUCUAUUACGACUCGGCCAACUGGUGCUAUUCUGCCACAAAGAUCCUUCACGUCACUCAACAGCGGCCGAGGUAAAACAAGCGAUGGUUCGGUUCGGAAUAUGAUCGUCGAGACUGAAACCGUUACAUCCAUACCCCAGGUGGCUGUAGGUGUCGGUGCCGGAGAACGAGGCAGUUCGGCUCGCAACGAUCAAGGAGGGACCAUCAGAAUGAAACCUAGUGUUGAGACAAUUCGCCCUAAGAAGGAAAAGAAAAGAACUACCCGCAAACCAGCAAACCCUCCAGGUACGGCUUCCUCGAAGGCGGACAUAUUUGAAGCCAAAGUCGCCAGUGCUAUUGAUGACGCAGAUGUUUCUGAUUCGGAUGAAACUUUCGUCUACGAGUCUAACCCUCCGGAGCCACUGCCUAACCGACAUCGCUAUCAUUCUCGAACUCCGAGUGCGACGUCCAUGGCCAGCCAAGCCGAGCAAUUUGCGAGCCGGACUCGUCUUGCCGGUGGGGGUGGAAGUGGUGUGUCGGUGAAGCGAAGUAUGAAAUUUACCAAUAAUCAUAACAACAAUCUCGAUGGCGAUUUGGUGGAUAUGGAUCAACGGAGCGUCAGUGGAAGGGGCGAGACUAAUGGACACUCUGGUCGACAUCAUCAUAUUGGCCGCCAUGGUAGAGGAGGCGCAUAUCCUUCAAUAUUCGAUAGCGACUCUCCGUUUCCUCAAUCCCAACAACAGCCUCGCUCGCCUCGCCAUUAUAUUAGUAAUGGCUUCCGUCAAGGUCGACGAAACAACACGCCGCGCUCACAUCCCAACUAUCGCACAAUUGGCGGCCCCAAAAGCAUGAGCGAUGAGUAUGGAGACGAUUUCGAUGCUGAUGGUGCCGAUGACGAGCGCACGCCUUUGGUUAGCUCGAAUCGUUUGUCACGCAACCGCAAUGGUCGCAGACCGGGCAGUGCUAGUAUGCGACAGAUGGAGUAUCUCGAGCAUCGCCAACGAAAUUGCUUCUCUCGAUAUGGAGGAUGCGUGAUUGCGUCGUUUCUGAUCUUGAUCCUCAUAGGCGGUGCAGCGACUUUCCUAGCGGCCUUGUUGCGACCACUGUUAGAUGUGCAGGUCACUAAGCUUUCGAAUGUGCUCGCUUCAGAACAAGAGAUUAUACUUGAUGUUCAUGUCAGCGCGGUCAAUCCGAACAUAUUUCCCAUCUCUAUUUCAAAUAUAGAUGUCGAUAUAUUUGCGAAGAGUCGGUACGUCGGCAGCGACAAGUUUUGGCGUGAUCAUGGGCCACAUUCUCCGGACUUUCCCCGCGUUGAGCGUAGCAAUCUCCGUGCUCGAUUAGCUCAAUUAGUUCGGCUGCCUUAUUCAAGCGACUCUGAAGUGUCGACAUCUGAUCUUCAUACUAUGGAUGGUAUAGACCACGGCACAGACCCAAUUCCAUUCCCAGACGAUCCAGCUAGCGAUGCUCAGACAAUGUUGCUCGGCCGAGUUUUCGUUUUUGAUUCCCCCGUCAUUCUGGAUCCCUCCCCUUGGCGCCGAUAUCCCUCUGAAUCUGUUGGAGAGAUCCGUCUACCUAAACCCGGGAAUAAGACAGAGGAAGGUGGAACCGAGCGUUGGGAACGAGUAUUACAGCAUCCUUUUGAACUGAUCGUUCGUGGUGUUCUCAAAUAUUCACUGCCACUGACAUCGGGUGAGCGAUCUGCAUCGAUCAGUGCCAGAAUCCAAGUCCUCCCGGAUGAAGACGGUGACGAUGAUGGAGAAGGCGGCGGUGAAGACAACAAUGGCGGCAUUCCCAGUCUGCCAACCAACGAAACCGUCCGUAUCAACUUGAAAGAGCAUGUUCGUACUUCUGACGCAGACGAGGGAUAUAUCCUAGUCAGUCGAGCAUUUUCCUCAUAA